AUGGAGAUUGAUGACGACUUGCCGUGGCCUGCACUCCACCAAUUGCCACACUUGUUCGCGUUGACGCUCCACAACGCCAACGAGAAGGCUGUGAAAGGCAUUGCCAAUUCUACACUUGAAUUCCUGCGGCUGGUGCAGCCACAAGCUGGUGCCGUGGAGGCGCUUUUUGCUCCCACGACCUUGCGAAGCAUACAGAUCCAUGGCAUACAGGACCAACGGAGAUGGACAAGAACUGAUUUGACUUCUUUGUGCGCAUUCGAUUUAGCCCACUUCAGCGCAUUUGUCAUCCAAGUCGUCGGGGGCACCUUACCCCACUGCUGGAGCCGCAUGAAGAACCUUCGGACCUUCUACUGUUCCAAUUGCAUGAUGUCCUUGCCACCCACAGCUUUGCGCGACCUGUCUUCAUUGAACUCCUUCGUGGCCUUUCGGCAAUGGGAGAUGGUGCCCUGUGCGCUUCUGCAUGUGGAGAACAGUGGCUGCAAAGCUUCCUGGGAGACCAGGCAUGCCACCAAGGAUGGCAAGAAGGGCAUGGCAGAGAGCACCGGUCAUUGGGACAACUUCCAAGAAGGCCCUAGCUUUCUAUGUCCUGCUGCUUCUUACAGCUUUGCCUUCGAGGAAUUCCUCCAGCUGGGUUGGAGGAACCUCCGGAAGCUUUGGUUGGAUGGAAAUUUCCUCACAGGGGUCAUUCCAGAGAACAUUGCAGUCGUUUGGCCACACCUGGAAUCCCUGGACCUCUACGACAACAAUCUGGAAGGUCCAAUCCCAGCCUCUUUGGGCACCUUGCCUUUCGUGAAGCUUCAGCUGCAAAGCAAUGAUUUCAGCGGCCAAGUGCCCAAGUCGGUCCUCCGUCUGGCGGAGAGGCCGAACAUCCUCCUUGGGUUGCAGGAGAAUCCCAAUCUGGAGGGGUGCGCACCCUUGGUGGGUCAUUGGCAAAAUGGCAUUCCAGGCACUCGCAUUGGACGCUGUGAUGAGCUUUGA